GUCCAUAUGUCCGUACUAUCACAGAAUAAAAUACUAAAUGCUAAUCAUUAAUCAGUCAAAAUCAAUCAGUAUUCAGUAUUUCAGUGUUGAAGUGUUCAGUGUUCACUGUUCACUGGUCGUCUGGUCAGUACGGAGUAUUUCUGUAGUUGACAAUUGUUAGAAAUUAGCCAAUCACGACUCGCGACACUCGCGACUCGGUGAGAAAAAUGUCUAGAGAAAACGUUUAAUAAGUAUGUUCAAUUUCAGAAUAUUAUAAUAUAAUAUACUUACAACAUUGCAAAGAAAAAAAACUAUUCUUGGGCGUAUUAAGAAUUUUCUUACUUACAAUGUACGACUAUGAAUAUGGCGAUCUGUGUUUUGAUGAAGAUAAAAUGGGUAUGAAAGUAACCUCUGGGGUUGUCACAAUUAAUAAGGACACGACAACCAACCUUAUAGGAAUAACAAUUGGCGGAGGACCGCCUCACUGCCCUUGUAUUUAUGUUAUCCAGGUAUCCGACAAUUCACCGGCUGCAUUAGAUGGUACAUUAGAAAGUGGUGAUGAGCUUCUAGCUAUAAAUAAUGAAUGUGUACGUGGACAUACAAAAUUACAAGUAGCACAAAUGAUACAAUCAAGUGUUGGACGAGUAAUUUUGAAAUACAACAAAUUACACGCUGAUGCUCGUCAAGGCAAAACUUUGGAUAUUGUAUUAAAAAAAGUUAAACAUAGACUAGUUGAACGUAUGUCGGCCACCACUGCUGAUUCUUUGGGUAUGUCUCGUGCAAUACUAGUCAAUGAUAGUCUAGUUAAACGUUUACAACAGCUGGAUGACAUGGAACAAUCAUAUCGUCACUUGGUUGAUCAUACAGAACGUGUACUUCGUGCAUUUUAUGCCCUGACCCAAUGUUUUAAAGAGUUUGGGGACACAUUUGCUGAAAUAGGUGCUAGAGAACCACAACCUAGAGCUAGUGAAGCUUUAGUGCGCUUUGCUGAAUAUCACCGACGAAUGGAGCGGCAAGGCCUUAUGCUAAUCAAAGCUCUAAAACCCAUAUCUAGGUCAUUUGGUACAUACCUGAAUAAAGCUAUCCCAGACACCAAGCAAACAAUACGCAAGUACGCCGAUGUGAAAUUUGAAUAUUUAUCUUACUGUUUAAAAGUCAAAGAGUUAGAUGAUGAAGAGAUAACUUAUUGUUCGGCAGACGAACCUUUAUAUCGCAUUGAAACAGGAAAUUAUGAAUACAGACUUGUAUUGAGAUGCCGACAGUUAGCAAGAAAACGAUUUGCUGCACUCAGAGAAGAUGUUUUGGCUAAAAUUGAACUAUUAGAAAAUAAACAUGUACAUGAUGUUGUAGGUCAAUUACAUGCAAUCGCUUCACAAAUGGCUAGUUACAAUCGUGAAAUAAGUUGGAUGAUGCUUGGAGGUAACAACGUUAGUGAACCACCGCUCUUUCCUAUUGAGAUGGAUUUGACUUGUACUGCAUUUCAAUAUAAGUCUGUCCAGCCAGUAAGCGAACUUAACCAAGAUGAUCUAAACGAUGAAAGUAUACACAAUUCAGUUGACAAUCCAAGAGUGUAUAGAGAUUUGCCACCACUACUUAAAAAGAAUGAUUCUGUUUCUGCUCUGACAGAACUAUCACAAUUAUGCUUGGAUACUGAUGAAACAGAUAAUGAAAACCAUACCACAACAGCAUCUUCUCCUUUGCUUUUAGACUUUUAAUCAUUUUGUUUUUAAUAAACAUAAUAUUUUUAUCUAUUAUUCAUUCCUACUCGUUUGUAUGCAUAAAAUACGCUUUAUAGUUUGUUCUAGUCACUUGUAAUGUAUACAACUGUCACGCUUAUCUAUACUACAUGAUUAAAGAUAUAUUAUAUUGAAUCGUGCUAAAUAAUAAUAAAAAAAAAAAUGUCUAGUUUUUAUUAUUAUCACCAGGUAUGGGUUAAAUCAGUGUUUAUAGUAUUAUGUCUACUACUUUCACAAUAAUGUAGUAAAAGUUUUAUUGAAUUAAAAAUGAAUAUUACACA